GCAGGACCUGGAGCUGGUGCUGGGCGACCUGAAGGACGUGGCCAGGGAGCUCAAGGAGAAGCUCCAUAAUCUACUCCUACCUCCCCACAUGAUGAAUCAGGGAAACAGUGCUGCAGGCAGACAGUGACAACAGGACACCAAGAAAUGCCUGAGAAGGUGGUUGACCAGAUUGAUACCCUGACUUCUGACCUACAGCUGGAGGAUGAGAUGACUGACAGCUCCAAGACGGACACGUUGAACAGCAGCUCCAGUGGCACAGCCUCCAGCAUAGAGAAGAUCAAGGUGCAGGCCCCCACGCAGCUCCUCAGAGGCCCUACACAACCCUCGGCUGUCCUCACGGUUCUGAGAAAGCCGAACCCCCCACCACCUCCUCCCCGGCUGACUCCAGUGAAGGGGGACGACACUCAGAGGGUGAAGACCAAUGGCACUCUGCUGCGCAGUGGAGGUCUGCCUAGUGGACCCAAUAAGAUCCCCAAUGGAGAUAUCUGCUGCAUACCCAGUGUUAACUCGGACAAGGCUCCCGGGCAGCCUCUGAUGCAUAGACCUGAAAAAGACAGAUGCCCGCAGGGAGGGCCUCGAGAACGGGUACGGUUUAGUGAGAAAGUACAAUACCAUGGCUACUGCCCUGACUGUGAUAACCGGUACAACCUAAAAAAUAGGGAGGUCCACCGGCACAGUGAGCCUGUGCACCCACCAGGAAAGACUCCGCACCAAGGGCCACCUCUCCCUCCUCCUCCCCAUCUCCCUCCUUUCCCUCUGGAAAACGGGGGUCUGGGAGUAAGCCACAGUCACAGCUUCCCCCCUCUCAGACCUGCAACUGUGCCUCCUCCCACUGCACCAAAACCACAGAAGACCAUUCUGAGGAAGUCAACCACUACAACAGUGUGA